AGACACGUCAUGACGUCACUAAAGGAAGUACGGAUGUGACUUUUUUUCCACAAAAUACUGACUUGGAUAUAAUUUUCGAAUUGAAAGACUGACUGUUUUGUAAGCUUAUUAACACAUUACUAGUUUUGCUGCACAUGGCAGAUAUUUGUCUGGUUUUGUUGUGUGGGCUUCCAGGUUCAGGGAAAACCUAUCUCAGUAAACAGCUUCAACAACAGUCGGGAGCAAGUGGACUGGAAACAUCUAGGUACAUUAUUAUAGAGUAUGACAGGUUGUUACCCCAGGACUUGGAGAAAAUUCUCAUCCAGUCUGAUGAUUCACAGGAGUCAAAGUGGAAGAGUUAUAGAGCUGAUAUUGUGAAGUGUGUUGACAGUUUAAUAGAAUCCAUAAAGAAAACACAACAUUCCACAGAGACGUAUUGUAUAACAAAUGUUUCACCAGAAGAAAUUUCUGAAGAAUUAUGGGAGAAAUUUAUAUACAUGAUUACAGAUAGCAAUAGUUGGGGUGAAAUGGAUGGGAGAACAGUGUACAUAGUGAUUGAUGACAACAUGUACUACAGGAGUAUGAGAUACAGCUAUUAUCAGCUGGCAAGAAAAUAUGAAAUAGGUUUCUGUCAGAUUUAUCUCCAAUCAGACGUAGAAACUGCCAUUUCCCAGAAUGCAAGCCGUGUUGUCAAGGUAGCAGAUGAUGUUAUAAGUACCAUGGCAACCAAGAUGGAGGCACCUGAUUGGUCAAGAAAUAGCUGGGAAGAGAAUAGUAUUUCCUUUUCAUCAGAGGAAGAUUUAAAAUCAGUGUUUGAGUUGUUCAGAAAAGCAGUGAACAAUCCAGUUCAAACAGUGGAAGAAGUAGAUGUAGAACAGCAAGAGCAGUCUAGAGUCAUCUGUAGUGAAAGUUUUGUGUACCAGUCUGAUCUGAUUUUGCGUAGACUGGUUUCACAGCAAAUGUCAUUAGCAAAAGAAAAUUCGAUGGGUAAAGUAGAAAUGAAGUCUCUUGCUGGAUUAUUACAGACAGUACGGAAACAGCUUUUAGACAGUCUUAAAUCUGGAACAGUUGAAAUACCUAGAGACCUUGUUACCAUGGCAACAGAUUCAUCAAAGGACACAAAUAGUGCAUUAUAUCAGUUUCUAGAUGCAAAGUUUCAUAGUUAUUUAAAAGAAGUUAAAAGAUGAAAUGAGCCGUGCCAUGAGAAAACCAACAUAGUGGCAUUGCGACCAGCAUGGAUCCAGACCAGCCUGCGCAUCCGCGCAGUCUGGUCAGGAUCCAUGCUGUUCUCAAACAGUUUCCCUAAUUGCAAUAGGCUUUGAAAGUGAACAGCAUGGAUCCUGACCAGACUGCUAUGUUGGUUUUCCCAUGGCACGGCUCAAAUUAUUUUGGACAUACAGUUGAACCUGCCUUAGCAACCAGCUGUAUUAAACACUCACUUGCCUGAAGCAGCCAGUCAGCUACAAGGUAUCUUCCCAAACUGACUUUUUUUAUCUAAUUUCAAUUUAUUUUAAGCAGCUACCUGCUUAAGCUUCCAGAUUGUGCCACUCCCUUGUCUGGCUGCUUACAGCAGGUCUGACAGUACUUCUCUUUAGUAUACUUAUAAAUGUGCUGGCAAAUUAACGAUCAAGAAAAGACAUGUUAGUGAAUAUCCUGCAGAUAUUCCUCUGUUAUGCAAGACUGUAGCUAGACUGAAGGAUUUCUUGCUGCUCAUCUUGAAAAAUGUCAGAUUUGACAAAUGUUACAAGUAUAAUUAACCAAGAUCAAAUCUGUGGUUUCAUCAACAAAACUGCACAAGUCUUUUCGUAACAUGCCAAAAUGUUGUUCCACACCAACAUAUAAUCUCAACAAAGUAACAUUUAAAAAGAAGAUAUCUUGGUAUAUUUAAAGCAACUUGCGUACUUUAUGGUCACCACCAGGAUCCCAUACAGGUGACACCUUCAAAAGACCAUUAGCAAUUUUAGUAAGAGAAUAGUACAAGAUGCAAAAGAUAGAUCCUCACCAAACCUUGCUUUUAGUAGCCUUGUCAUUCAAGACCAGAAGGUGAAGGCCUUUACCUGUGAGUAGUUUAGACCAAUUUUACUUCAUUUACGGACAGUAGUCUAAUUUCCUGUAAUUUGUUUAGCCCUAGUCUGCAUUUUCAUUUUUUGGCAUACAAGUGGGAACAUUUUCAUCCAGUCAGACAAACUCCUUUGCUACCACAGUAUUAUGACAGUAUUAUUCAAAUAUUACAUGAUUGUAUACUAUAUGUUAACUCCUGGGUUUGUAACCUUUUGUUAAUAAACUGUCUAUCUAUC